AUGCUGUCUCGAGACCUUGGAGCAGAUCUGCGUUCCCAAAGCGAAAAUUACGGCGGACCGUCGAACACCCAUCAUGCCGAAGCUCAAAACACAUACGAUGUGAUCAUUGUAGGCGGCGGAGCAGCAGGUAUCGGAGCGGCCGUAGGUGCACGACAAGCCGUGCCAGCCUCACGAAUCUUGAUCAUUGAGUCGGAAGGCUUCCUAGGCGGCGCCGGAACCCAUCGAGGCGUGAACUCGUUCUGCGGCAUCUACAGUGUAGGACCAGACCCCAAAAGAGUCGUCGGCAAGAUCUGGGAUGAUGUCCAUUCGAGGUUGGUCUCGGUGGGCGCCGCUGCCGCGGACCCGGAUCAAAUUGUUGCGCUCGUGCAGAACUUCGAUCCAGAAGGCUUAAAGGUGGCGUUGGAUGAUUUGACUGCCGACUAUAGUAUCGAUGUCCUCCUUCACUGCACCGUGGUCGGCGGUGUCCGGGAGGGUACUAAAUUGAGCGCCGUGAUCGUACAAGAACGGCGCGGCCGCCGGAAUCUGUUCGCGAGAGCCUUCGUGGAUUGCUCCGGAGACGGCGACCUCGCGUACCACGGUGGAGCGUCCACACGGUAUGGCAACCAUGGCCGUGUGAACAUGGGCUCUCUAUCAACACGCUUCGGAGGUCUCUCAGGCGCCACUCCGACCUCUUCGUUGUGGCGAGACGCAAUUUUGGCAGCCAAAAAGGUCAACCCGCAGCUUGAACAACGCAUCCCUCGAAACGUGGGCGUCCUGAUAAAACUCCCAGGCUCCGGAGACAUCUGCACAUACAUGGCUUCGGCGCAGUACGAUGCAACGAGCAGCGCCAGUAUCACGGCUGCAGAGCGGCAAGGGCGUAAGCAGGCGCAGAUCUAUUUGAGUAUCUUGCGCACACUUCCUGGCCACGAGAACAUGACCUUGGUGGCCACAGGUCCCAACUUUGGAACGAGGGAAUCGCGACACAUCAACUCUCGACACAUGUUGAGCGAGAAAGACGUCCUGGAGCAGAAGGAAUUCGGUGAUACGGUGGCCAUCGGUGGGUGGUACAUGGAAUGGCACGACAGUAGUCAACCAGACUGGCCGAUUCAUUUCCGGACGCCGCCUGACGGGACUUUCAACAUUCCUCUUCAAAGCUUGCAAAGUAUCGACACAGUGAACCUGUAUUGUGCGGGACGUUGUGCAGACGGGGACGGUGCCGCCGGUAGCGCGAUCCGUGUGAUGGGCACAGCUUUAGCGACAGGGCAGGCCGCAGGCGCUGCCGCCGGUUUGUCGGCUGCUGGUGAGGGGGAGGCUGCAGCGCCAGACGUGCGAGCUGUCCUGCUGAAGCAUGGAGCCAUUCUCGAUCGGACUGGCCUUUCGACGGUAUGUUUGAAAAUUCGAGAUGAUGGAAAGAAUCUGAGUCACAGAGAAGCCCUCAAUGGGCAUUGA